AUGCUGAGAGUUAAUCACUCAGUAGUAAAUCUUAUAAAGUUGUUAUAUGAUAAUUUUAAUGGAAGGCCACUCAAUUUAUAUACACAAUUUGGGCUCUAUUUCGAGCUAAUUUAUUCUGAAGAAAAUUUAGUUGAAUUUCUAAAUUUAGUUUAUUAUGAAAUUUCACAGUUAAACGGACUUGAAUUUCAAAAUUUGAGCUCUUUGGAGGAUCUUAAAAAAUUUUCAUUCUCCAAAGGAUUAUUACCUGAAAUGGACUUAGAAAAUGAAGUUUUUUUGGAAGAGUCUCUUGUUCUUCUCUGUUCUGAGAGGCUAAGGCUAAAAAAUAAAUUUGUUAAAAGUUUAAAUAUAUCACAAAAACAACAAAAUUUUAUUGACGAUUCUUUAUUAUCUAAAUUGAAGGAUUUGAAGAUUUCUAAUACCAACUACACCUGCGAACCGGAACAAAGUGGUAAAAGACAAUUAAACAAAGGAUUAGAUGAAUCACAAGUUGAUGAAUUGAAUAGAAUAUCUGAAGAAUUGUCUAAAGAUUAUAAUUCAAGAUGGAAUUCAUAUUUGGAUCGCUUUUACAACUUACUUGACGUGUUUUUUAAAGUUAAAGGCUUUAAAGAUUCAAGAGAUUUUCAAGUAUUAAUGGAAACUUUGAAGGAAUGGAGAAAAACAACUAAAUUUAGAGAAUUAAACUUAUAUGAUGCCUGCACAUAUCGGAGGGAUGACAAAAAUGUAGUCAAAAUAUCAUACAAAACAGAUAACUCAAACAGAGUCACUGAGUUAUAUAGUAAAAUUAAGUCAAAACUUUAA